AUGGCAUUGCAGAAUAUUGGUGCUGCAAACAGCGAUGAUGCCUUCUACAGGUAUAAGAUGCCCAAGAUGGUUACCAAAAUUGAGGGACGAGGAAAUGGCAUCAAGACAAACAUUGUCAACAUGGUUGAUAUUGCCAAGGCUUUAGCAAGGCCAGCUUCUUACACUACAAAGUACUUUGGUUGUGAGCUUGGUGCACAGUCCAAAUUUGAUGAGAAAACAGGAAUUUCCCUUGUGAAUGGUUCUCAUGAAACUGCCAAACUUGCUGGGCUGCUCGAGAACUUUAUCAAGAAAUAUGUCCAGUGUUAUGGCUGUAGAAACCCUGAGACUGAGAUAAUCAUCACCAAAAGCCAGAUGAUCCAGCUGAAAUGUGCUGCUUGUGGUUUUGUGUCUGAUGUCGAUAUGAGGGACAAGCUUACUACUUUCAUUGUGAAGAAUCCUCCUGAAGCAAAGAAGGGAUCGAAGGACAAAAAGGCAAUGAGGAGGGCUGAAAAGGAGCGACUGAAGGAAGGUGAAGCUGCUGAUGAGGAGCUGAAGAAACUGAAGAAAGAAGGUAAGAAGAAGGGUUCUUCUACAAAGGAUGGCCAUGCCAAAACUAGCUCUACAAAGAAGAAAGUGAAUAGCUCUGAUGAGGAACGCAUGUCACCAACUCAUAGCCAGGUUGAUGAGAAGGAAGAGGUUGAUGAUGAAGAUGGUGAUGUCCAGUGGCAGACAGACACAUCUCUUGAGGCAGCUCGCCAACGCAUCCAAGAGCAGUUGAGUGCUGUGACAGCUGAUAUGGUCAUGCUCUCUACAGAAGACACAGAGAAGAAGGCUAAGGCUGCCAGCAAUGAAAAUGGCAGUCCGAAAGGUGCUUCACCACCUCGGAAGGAGAAACCAAAACCUGAGAAUGGUAAUUCAAGUACUCAUGAAACUCUUGUCAAUGACGUGAAGGUAAACCUAAAGAAAGGAGUUUCUGCAAGCCAAAUGCAGUCUAUUCUUGCUUCCCUUACUGGAUCUGCUCAGGAAAAGAUGGAUGGUCUGUUUGAGGUGUUGUUUGAUGGUGUUGAGAAAGGAUUUGCCAAGGAGGUUGUCAAGAAGAAAAAUUAUCUGGCUGCAGCUGUUGCUCAGGACGAGGGAUCGCAGUUGCUUCUUCUCCGAGCAAUCGGGUCUUUCUGUGGGAGGUCAAGCUCAAGUGCACUGAAGGAAGUCGCUCUUGUCCUGAAAGCACUCUAUGAUGUUGAUGUCCUGGAGGAAGAGUACAUCGUGCAGUGGUAUCAAGAAGGGCUAGAGGGACCUACCAAGGGUUCUCAGAUUUGGAAGAAUGUUAAGCCCUUUGUCGAUUGGCUCCAGAGUGCCGAGUCUGAGUCUGGGGAAGAAUGA